AUGGCAGAGGCAGCCCCCCAAACUACGCCAUACCUCGAUGGGGCAAGCAUCGACCCACCAAACCCCAACGAGCCACAAGACCACACCAUCACGGAACCAUUUCGCGCGGCACUGGGUGAAAUACGGUACAAUGCAGACUGCACUCGACCGGAUCUCGCAUUUGCAACCGCCGCACUGGCACGCGCCACAAACAAACCCACCACCCACCAUUGGCAAGCAAUGAAAAGGACCGUCAGAUACCUACUAGCAACCACCAAACACGACCUAUUCUUCCCUAGCACAAGCACCAAAUCACCCUUGCUUGCAUAUUCAGACGCGGAUUUCGCUAAUGAUCAGCUAACGCGCAAGUCAUUCUCAGGCACCGUCUACCAACUAUGCGGUGCGACAGUCCAUUGGCAUUCAAAACAACAGCCCCUUGUGGCACAGUCGACAUGUGAGGCCGAGUACAUAGCAGCAGCCGAAACAGUCCAAGGCGCCAUCUGGCUACGCAAUAUGCUCAACGAGCUCGAGUUUACACAGGACAAACUAACAACGCAAAACACCGACAACGCCGCGGCAAUACGCAUCGCGCGCAACACCGCACCAACCAAGCGCCGAAAAUGCAUAGACAUAAAGUACCACAUCCUCCAAGACUUCGUCCAACACAAUGCGGUUUCAGUGCAAUACGUACCAAGCAAGCAAAUGUAUGCGGACAUCAUGACAAAACCGCUCAAGACAGCACUUUACGAAGCACACCGCGCCAAUCUCGGAGUCAAAACCAUUCGACAAGAGAGUCCAAAUCCAACUCACCCCCACCGUCAUUGCCCAGCUGCCCGCGCGUCAGGGGGACUGUGA